AUGGCGGAUGAGUUCAUCUUGGACGGGUUUCGAUCGCCUGUCACAGUGAACUUGGCCAGAAAGAUUACAAAAGAGAAGCUGUUACAAUUUCCUGCGUUCCGGAUCUGGAAGGACACACUUCAAAAGAACUUGGAGCUUCAGUACACGGACAAAAGCCACGCAUUUCACGAUGAUCCUUUUGAUCUUAGGAGCAUUGAGAUACAGUCAGUCGAUUACUUCGGCCCAGUCAAGCUCGGAUUUGUGAAGCUGACAUCCGAGCUACGGAACCAAAAGAACGACAAAAAGCUUCCUGGAAUUGCAUUCCUCCGUGGCGGAAGCGUCGCUGUGCUCAUGGUACUCCGACCUGUGGAUUCGAGGGAUGAAAGAUGGGUAGUUAUGACCGAGCAGCCACGAGUACCGGCAGGUAGUCUGAGGUUCGUUGAAAUUCCGGCUGGUAUGCUCGACGACGCGGGAGAUUUUAGUGGGCAAGCUGCGAAGGAGAUCGAGGAAGAAACCGGUUUCAAGCUUCCGAAGUCUGAACUCAUCGAUCUCACUAAGCUAGCGCUGAGCCAAUCCACAUCGGAAGGAGAGUCCUUACAAGACGCAAUGUACCCCAGUCCUGGAGGAUCCGAUGAGUUCAUUCCAAUUUUCCUAUGGGAGAAGGAACUGAAUCGCCAGGAAAUCAUGGACCUCCGAGGGAAGCUGACAGGAAGCAGAUCACAAGGAGAGAUGAUAAGACUGCGUGUCUGUGACUAUGAGGAGUUGUGGAAGCUUUGUCCGCGGGAUGCAAAGACUUUGGCGGCAUGGGCGCUCUAUGAGGGUCUCAAUAGGGAGGGCAAAAUUCAAGAAGAACUGCAAAAGCGUAGGGGACAGGAAAUCGAUUGA